UUCUCCGUCUCAACAUGGAUCCGAGUGUCCUUCUCCUCAUUCUCAUCAUAACCUGCGUCCUAUUUCUGGCCCGGGGAAAGCUCAGAGGGAACCUGCCACCCGGACCCAUUCCUCUGCCCUUCAUAGGGAACAUGCACCAGGUCAACAUGAACGACCUAAUCAAGUGCUUGGUUGAUCUCAGUAAGAAGUACGGCCCAGUGUACACCUUUUACCUAGGUUCCAGGCCCACCGUCGUGCUGUGCGGGUAUCAGGUGCUGAAGGAAGCUCUCAUUGACAACGCAGAGGAGUUCAGCGGGCGUGGAGAAUUUCCUGCUGUGCAGAUGUAUAGCAAGGGAAAUGGGAUUGUCUAUGGCACGGGUGAAAGGUGGAGACAGCUGCGGCGGUUUGCAAUUACCACCCUAAAGAAUUUUGGGAUGGGGAAGAGGAGCCUGGAGGAGCGAGUAAAAGAGGAAGCACUAUAUUUGAUUGAAGAGUUCAGAAAAAGUGAUGGCAAGCCCUUUGACCCAACCUUCGGCUUCAGCUCAGCCGGAUCAAACAUUAUCUGCUCCCUGGUGUUUGGAGACAGAUUCGACUACAGGGACAAGGAAUUCCUUAAUUUACUCUACCUCAUCAACAACAGCUGGCACCUAAUGAGCUCCACGUGGGGACAGAUGCUGUUUGUGUUCCCCAAGAUCAUGCAGUGUAUCCCGGGCCCACACAGACAGAUUUACAAGAAUUAUGUGAAACUGGGAGCAUUUGUAGCUAAGCGGCUUAAAAUGAACAAGGAGACGCUUGAUCCAAACAACCCACGAGACUUCAUUGAUUGCUUCCUGAUCAAAAUCGAGCAGGAAAAGAAAAAUCCAGAAAGUCAUUUUAACUAUGAGACGAUGCUGAAGACUACAGUAAAUGUGUUUUUUGCUGGCACAGAAACGGUGGGGUCAACUUUGAGAUAUGGCUUCAGAAUCCUCUUGAGACAUCCAGAGGUGGAAGAAAAAGUUCAGGAGGAGAUAGACCGAGUCAUUGGCAGAAACAGAAGCCCGUGCAUGGAUGACCGAAGUAAAAUGCCUUAUACAGAAGCCGUUAUCUACGAAAUCCAGAGAUUUGCAGACAUUGUCCCCAUGAGUGUCCCACACACUGUCACACGUGACAUUAAAUUUAGAGGUUAUGAUUUGCCAGAGGGUCUAAAUAUCAUGCCGCUAAUUUGUACAUCUCAAUAUGACCCCACAAAAUUUAAAAACCCCACAUCUUUUGACCCAACGCAUUUCUUGGAUGAGAACGGAGCCUUCAAAAAGAACGAAGCUUUCAUGGCCUUUUCAGCAGGGAAGCGGAUCUGCCUUGGAGAGGGAUUGGCCCAGAUGGAGCUGUUUAUUUUCUUUACCACAAUUCUCCAAACCUUCAAAUGCAAGCCCCUGAUGGACCCAAAAGACAUAGAUAUCACUCCAGCUAGCAGCGGUUUGGGAAAUAUACCCCGACCAUACAAGAUGUGUCUUAUCCCGCUCUGGCAGAUGUACCAAAGGUUAAUUAGUAUCAUGGAAAAAGAAAGGCUAAAGCAAAUUUUUUACCAAAAGAGUAUCUACAGAAAACGAGGGAGAAACAUUGGACAAACACGGAAUUUGAACAUAUUACAGCCAAUAAAGACGGAUCCCAACAUGUCCACUGAUAUAGGAACAGGUUCAGAAAUCAUCAAGCUCCGCUACUUCAUUAUCACUUUUAUUGUCCUCUGUGUCUCUUAUCUCCUGUUGUUCCGGAAAAAGAAAGGAAACCUUCCUCCAGGUCCUCGACCUCUACCGAUAGUGGGAAAUCUUCACCAAAUUAACACCAAAGACCUGGUCAAGUCCAUUGAUGAUCUGAGUAAGAAAUUUGGCUCUGUCUUUACCAUCUACCUCGGACCACGACCCAGCGUGGUGCUGUACGGGUACAAGGCAGUGAAAGAAGCCCUGGUGGAUCAGGCAGAUAGUUUUAGUGGCAGAGGACAAUUCCCAGCAAUUCAUAGAUUCACCCAAGGCAAUGGAAUUGCCUUCUCCAAUGGGGAGAAAUGGAAAGUCCUUCGCCGAUUUGCUCUUACAACUCUGCGGAAUUUUGGGAUGGGAAAGAGGAGCGUGGAGGAGCGAAUACAAGAGGAGGCGCAUUUUCUGCUGAAAGAAUUGAGGAAAACAAAACAGAUUCCAUUUGACCCGACCUUUUUCCUGAGUCGAGCAGUCUCAAAUGUGAUUUGCUCCAUUGUGUUUGGAAACCGGUUUGACUACGAAGAUGAAGAAUUCCUCACACUGCUGGGCCUCAUCAAUGACAACUUCCAACUUCUCAGCUCUGGCUGGGGAACGUUCUACAACAUAUUCCCAGAGGUCAUGAAUCAUUUGCCAGGACCGCACAACCGAAUCUUCAGAAACUUUGAGAAGAUGAAGCUCAUGGUUCAGGAGAUCCUAAAGAGUCACCAGGAGACCUUGCAGCCCGACUGCCCCAGGGACCUGAUCGACUGUUUUCUGGUCAAAAUGCAAAAGGAAAAAGAGAACCCAGUGAGCAAAUUUAACCCAGAGACGCUCAUAAUGACCACACUCAACCUGUUUUUUGGAGGAACAGAAACAGUGAGCACCACAAUGAGAUACGGGAUCCUUAUACUCAUGAAAUAUCCAGAUAUUAAAGAGAAAGUCCACCAGGAGAUAGACAAAGUCAUUGGAAGAAACCGUUGCCCUACUAUAGAUGAUCGAAGCAGAAUGCCAUACACUGAUGCCGUCAUCCAUGAGAUACAACGUUUCAUCAACAUUAUCCCUCUCAGUCUACCACACUGUGUCACAGAAGACACCAACUUCAGAGGUUUUGUGCUCCCUAAGGGCACAGACGUUAUUCCAGUACUGGCCUCAGUCCAUGCAGACCCCGAAAAAUAUAAAGAACCACAGAACUUCAACCCUCAAAACUUCCUGGAUGAAAAUAAUCGAUUCAUGAGCAACAGUGCCUUCAUGCCUUUUUCUACAGGAAAGCGUAUCUGCCUGGGAGAGGGUUUGGCACGUAUGGAGCUUUUUAUCUUUUUUACCACCAUUCUACAAAGCUUUGAUUUCCAGCCCAUUCAACCUCCUGACCUCAUCGACCUCACUCCAUCAAUAAGUGGGGUAGGAAACCUCCCACAAAAUUACCAGUUCUGCGUCAUACCUCGCUAGGUGAUUCAGGAUGGACCAGACCGUGCCUCUCGCAAAUUCCAGAUCUUAGCAUGCUCUUAUGUAUGAAAUUAAAAUGGUGACAGAAUAACACCAUCAACUGAUUAAAGAUUUAGUUGUCUGUUCCCUAAACACCAUAUUGAAGUGACUUGAAAAAUGAAUUUCAACAUUUAGCCAGAUAUUGCUCAUUCAGAAAUGUCAGCCCAUAUCUUACUAGACACGGCAUAGGCUGAAUUUUUCAAUCUGAUUUUCUAUUUGCUACAAUUCGGAGUUGAGUGGAUACAUUUCACAAUGAUUUUGUGUAUAAAAAAAAGACACAAAAAACUACCUAA